AUGCGUGAAUGUACUCCGGCUAGUUCGCCUAUGGACCUAAAUCAGCGCUUGUCAAAAGAAAUGUGCCCCAAGUCAGUUGCUGAACGAGAAGAAAUGUCUUUGAUCCCGUAUCAACAAGCUAUCGGUUUCAUCAUGUAUGAUGCAAAAAUUAGUCGCCCCGACAUUAGCUUUGCAGUAAGUGCGCUCUGUCGUUAUAACACAAAUUAUGGCAGAGCACAUUGGACAGCGGUGAAGAGAGUGCUUCGGUACCUAAAAGGCACUAUAGACCUGAAAUUAACAUAUCGAAAAGAUUCCAACGAUCAAAUGGUGGGAUAUUGUGACGCUGAUUGGGCCGGUAACCAGGACGAACGUCGUUCUAACACCGGAUACGUAUUUGUCUUGCAAGGAGGUGCCAUUUCGUGGGCCACACGUAAGCAACCUACAAUAGCGUUAUCAUCCACAGAAGCUGAGUUUAUGUCAAUGGUAGCUGCAAUACAAGAAGCGCUUUGGUUAAAACGAUUUGAAGGUGAACUAUUUGCUGAUGCGACACCUUCAAUACAACUCAACUGUGACAAUCAAGGAGCGAUCAAACUAGCUACAAACAACAAUUAUCAUGCUCGUACUAAGCACAUCGAUGUCAAGAACUACUUCAUCCGUGAAAAGCUUGCUGAGGACAUAAUUAAACUUAGUUUCCUAAGCACAAGUGAAAUGAUUGCUAAUAUAAUUACUAAACCAAAAAACGUCCUUCCACAAGCGCUAACGCAAGGAAUUUUCUUAAAGGCGGAGAAUGGAAUUUUGCUUGUUUGGUGA